GGGGCCUAGUGGGCGCCGGUCACUUUCCUAAAGGGAGCUGCGCGUGAGUCCGGUUGCGGACUGGGCGGGAGGGAUGCGAGUGCGUGGAAGGGAAGUGUAGACUCGGGAUGAGCCUGCCCAUCCCCUGGUCUGCAUGGGCAGUGGAGAGAUGGCCACCCAGCUGCUGACCAAGAAAGCCCUGGGGUUGGUGACGUUCAGAGAUGUGAUUGUGGACUUUGGCCAGGAGGAGUGGCAGCAGCUGAAGCCUGCACAAAAGGACCUAUACAGGGAUGUGAUGAUGGAGAACUACUGGAACCUGGUCUCGCUGGAAUUGGAGGCUACACCUGACAUCAAAGAAUUCAACCCACAGGAUGAUGUUUUGGAAGACAGACCAUCUGUUGUGGUGGUAGCAGAAGAAUCACUGAAGAAUGGUUCCACCUGUGAAGGGGCUGGGACACAGCGUGACCAGGUGGGGUGUCCACAGGGGAGCCCAGGGACCUGUCUGGAGCAGUUGGACAUGUCCCAAGCAUUAGCCCCUGAAUGUUGUGAAUUUAAGGCAUUUGUCCACCAAAGCUCCAAGCCGGCCCCACUGAGAUCGGAAGAACUGAAAGGAGUGGGAAUGCACACAUUCACCACGUGUGGGAAGGACUCAGGGACUUUAAGCCUCCAUGCUCCCUCCAAACUCUGUGCAGAGAAGAAGCCCUACAAGUGUGGGGACUGUGGCAAGGCUUUCAGAUAUAACUCGUGCUUGAUGAAGCACCAACCAAUCCACACUGGGGAGAAGCCCUUCUCUUGCACCACUUGUGGGAAGAAGUUCACCCGGCAGUUUUACCUCACCAUCCACCAGCGGGUACACACAGGGGAGAAGCCCUAUGUGUGUGUGGAGUGCAGCAAGGCUUUCAGCUAUAACUCAUCCCUAAAGAAUCACCAGCGAAUCCACACUGGAGAGAAGCCCUUCUCAUGUGCCACGUGUGGGAGGAAAUUCACCCAGCAGUCGUGCCUCACCAUCCACCAGCGCAUGCACACAGGGGAGAAGCCGUACACGUGCAGGGACUGCGGCAAGGCCUUCUGCCGGAAGAAGCACCUCAUCGUGCACCAGAGGACACACACUGGGGAGAAGCCAUAUGUGUGUGGGGACUGCGGAAAGGCCUUCAGCCAGAAAAUGCACCUCGUCCUGCACCAGAGGACACACACUGGGGAGAAGCCGCAUGUGUGCACUGUGUGCGGGCGUGCCUUUAGCCAAGACGUGCACCUUAGGAACCACAAACGGACACACACUGGGGAAAAGCCAUUCACAUGUAGCGACUGCGGCAAGGCCUUCAGUCAGAGUGUGACCCUCAUCAUUCACCAGAGGACGCACACCAGGGAGAAGCCCUACAAGUGCACCAUGUGUGGGUGCACCUUCAGCCAGAGCGUGCACCUGAUGGAGCACCAGCAGACGCACACUGGGGAGAAGCCAUUUGAGUGUGGAGACUGUGGCAAGUCUUUUAACAAGAGCUCUUCACUCAUGCUGCACCACGGGUCCCGUAAGGGUGAGGGGCCGUAUGUGUGCAGCCAGUGCAGCAAGGUCUUCAGUUGGAAGGCCUGCCUCAUCGAACACCAGCACAUCCACAUGGGGGCGAAGCCCUUUGAGUGUAGUGUAUGUGGCAAGACUUUCAACAAGAACUUCUUCUUCACGCAGCAUCUGCGCGUGCACACCGGGGAGAAGCCAUAUGAAUGCGCCAUCUGCCAAAAGCGCUUCGUGGCGCGCUCGUCCCUGCAGGCACACCAGACAGGCCACACUGGCGAGAAGCCCUACAAGUGCAGCCAGUGCAGCAAGGCCUUCAGCCACAAAUCCUCCCUCAAGGAGCACUGGCGUGUGCACACUGGGGAGAGGCCCUAUGAGUGCUCCAUCUGCCAAAUCCACUUCGCUGCACGUGCAUCUCUGGUGGCACACCAGGCCAGCCACGCCAGGGAGAAGCCCUACAAGUGCAGCCAGUGCAGCAAGGCCUUUAGCAAGAACUCCUCGCUCAGGGAGCACCAGCAUGUGCACACCGGGGAGAAGCCCUACAAGUGCUCCCUCUGCCCGAUGCACUUCUCUGGGCGCUCUUCCUUGGUGGCACACCAGGCCAGCCACACUGGAAAGAAGCCCUACAAGUGCGGCCAGUGUGGCAAGGCCUUCAGCCAGGGCGCCUACCUCAUUGAGCACCAGCGCAUCCACACUGGUGAGAAGCCCUACAGGUGCGGUGAGUGCGGCAAGGCCUUCAUCAGGAACUUUUCACUCACCCUCCACCGGAGGACCCACACAGGAGAGAAGCCCUAUGAGUGCGGCAAGUGUGGAAAAACCUUCAGCGGAAACAUUAACCUCACCCGACACCAGAGGAGGAUGCACUGGUAGGAUGCACCAGUAGGGGUGGAGCUGGGGAAGGUUUGUGGGAUCUCAGAAUCCCCGCCCAAUGGGCGGGGCCUGAGCUCGUGCCUCAGUGACAGAGGUGACAUUGGAACUUACUGUUAGGAUGCAAGAGACGUCCUGCGCAGUUAGGUCUUAGAGAUGUGGGUGCUGGGGACAGACCUCACCAUACACACCAGCUGCUUACACUUCUGUGGAAAGCAAGCCCCCAUACAGGUCUAGUACCUGGGAACGUGUCCAGGGCACUAUGGCUCCAGAACAAGAUCAAGUAAACUAUUCUGUCUGCACCAAUGUAGUGUCUCUGGUCUCCAGCUCCUGGAUAGUAAAGCAUAGGAGGGAGAGGAGAAAGGAAGAAGGGAAGGUGGGCUCCAUGGGGACGUGCUCCCUUUGUCACACAGGGCUAAAUCUAGUCCAGAGAUUAGGGUGUUGCCAUCUGUGGGUGUCCUCGUUUUCCCCACACCCAGCCCCCAGUUUCCCUGUACCAGUUGAAGUUGCCAAGUGGUUCAUGAUGGAAAAAGAAUUUUUUUCAGACUUAAGGUGUAAUAGUAAUUCCUUCAGUUGCCACAGAUUCUCAUAGUGAUAUGUUAAAUUCUUUUUAAAGAAAACUUUUAUGUAACAGCAACUAACAUCAUUUUAAACGGUCAGCAGGUACAAAAGGUACAGUUAUCCUUUGUCCUGUCAAAAUGAGUGUCAACGCUUGGUGGGUGGAGGUGCGAAUUCCCCACUGGUUCCCCAGCAUCCCAGCAAUCCUGCCCCAGAUAUGAGGCCACAUGGCCUUCCCAGCCCUGGAUUCCUGGCUUGGGAAUGCUCAGACCAGAAGUCUGGGCCCAGAUCCUCAGUCUCAGAGAUGAGGGAAAGGGCCCCCCCAAAAAACCUGCAAAUCAGCCUCCCUCCCCAUAGAGCUCUUUCAGUUUCAGGAGAAGAAUCCUCUCUCAGAUCAUGGUCUGUCCCCCACCCACCCCCUCCUGACUGGAAUUCUUGCAAAAAUAAGGUGCCUUCAGUCAGACAGGCAUGCUAUCCAAUCUAUGCAUCAUUAUUGAUGAGAGCGAUAUAUUAGCAAUAAUGUAUAGCAAAUGAUAUAAGAAUGGUGGUUUAUAAAGGACAAAAUAACAAAGUAUUUAUUAAUAAAUAGGUCAGUAACUACUACUUAGAGUCCUGUUAUUAUCCUGGGAUUUCCACUGUGGAAACUAAGGCUGAGAGCUUUGAUGCUUUCUGCCAGGAAAACCCCGGAGCCCGUGAACGUGUCCAAGGGAUUCAAUGGUUGCUGCGUGUGGGUGGGGCUCCAGCACCUUUCUGUCCUGGGGAGAGCUCAGUCUGCUCUUGUGUGGCAGGGAGGAUGUGGCCACUUCUUCCCCCAGUCUCUCCACCCCAGCUUGGGACAUGGUGGGCAGGGACAAGUGAAGGGAGAGGAGCUAGGAGGGGGCAGAAGAGAAGGGAAAGAAGAAAAGGAAGGAAGGAAAGGGGCAGGAGGAAGAUGAGGUAAAAGGAAGGGGAAUUGCUCCAGCAGCACUGCAAGAUCAGGAAGAAGUGGGUGACUGACUAGAACGGGUUGGGAGCAGGAACUCUGGCACCAGGUCUGCCCAGGCUCACACCCCAGCUGUGUGCUCCGACCAGUGCGGGCAUUUUCUGAGCCCCGUAUCCUCGUCUGUAAGGAGAUUGAGUAAGGGAACCUGCCCUGUGGUGUUAGGUGGGUUUCCUGAGCUAAUUCACACACGGUUCCUACAACACGUGCUGGGACCUGCUGGAGCAGGGCUGCCCCCAGCACUUCUGCAGGGACAGAAAGCUCUGUCUGUACUGUCCAUAUGGGGGCCACUGGCUACAAGGGGCAUUGAACUUGACAUAUGGCAGGUGCAGCCUUGGAACUAAAAUUUUACCUGUUUAAUUUUAAUUGAUUUUAAAGAGAGAGGAAGGGAGAGAGAUGGAGAUAUGAUUUGUUGUUCCACUUAUUUAUGCAUUUAUUGGUUGAUUCUUGUAUGUGCCCUGGUGUUUUUAAUUCAUUUAAAUUUUCAUAGUUACCUCUGGCUACUGCAUUGGAUCAUGGUGCUCUAAAGCCUUAGCUAUUUUUGCCCUGGCCAGUGUGACUCAGUUGUUUGAACAUCAUCUCACAAACCGAAAGAUUACCAGUUCUAUUCCAGUCAGGGCAUAUGCCUGGUUCGUGGGUUUGGUUCCUGGUCAUGAAUCCAGCAAGAGACAGCCAAUUGAUGUUUCUGUCUCUGAUUGAUGAUUCUCUCCCUCUCUUUCUCCCUACCUUUCCCUCUCUCACUAGAAACAAUAAAAGAAUAAAAAAUUUGUAAUGAAUAAAUCCUUCGCUAUUUUUACUAUAUAUUCUAAAGCUUCUGUUGUGUUUUAGAAAUUUGAUGGGUCCUUUUAAAAGCCCACAGCAACAAUACCACUAACUGCACUUCUUUGGGUCUGUCCUAAGUACUUGGUGUGGAUUAGCCCUUAGAAUCCUGGUCACAUAUCUGUG